AUGGUGAUCGAGAAGACAUCAGCAAAGGGCGCAGAACCGCAGCCAGUGCCCAAGUCAAAGAGUGACUACUUCGACGAUGCGCCCAUAAACGAUGACGAGGAGAAGCAGCUUGACGAGACAAAGCUGAAGCAGUUCUUCAUCGGCUCUAUAGAUCAGGGAACGACGAGCACGCGCUUCAUUAUCUUUGACGGCACGGGGCAGCCGGUCGCGCAGCACCAGAUCGAGUUUACGCAAAUAUACCCCCAUUCUGGGUGGCAUGAGCAUGACCCUCAAGAAAUCCUAGACACGGUCGAGCUAUGCAUAGAACAGGCCUUACAGGCCUUUAUUCACAAGGGCUACAAUAUCAAAGAUAUCAAAGCCGUCGGCCUUACCAAUCAGCGCGAAACGACACUGGUCUGGGACAGCAAUACGGGUGAGCCAUUGCACAAUGCCAUUGCAUGGCCGGAUACCAGAACCAAGGGUCUGGUCCGUGAACUAAAGGCACGCGAGGGUGCAGACGAAUUGAAGGGCAAGACCGGUCUUCCUCUUUCGACCUACCCGUCCUCCGUAAAACUUGUGUGGCUCCUCGAUCAUGUCGAGGAGGUUCGCAAAGCUUACGACGAAGGUCGACUGGCAUUCGGAACAAUCGACACGUGGAUACUCUAUCAUUUGAACGGGAAAGACAAAGGCAUACACGUCACUGAUACUACCAACGCCUCGAGAACCAUGUUCAUGAAUCUGCACACUGUUAAAUACGACGACGAGCUUCUAGAGUUCUUUAAGAUUGACCGGAACAAGAUCAAGCUACCCAAGAUCGUCCCGUCUUCUUGCCCAGAUUCUUACGGAUCGAUAGCGGAGGGUCCAUUGAAGGGUGUUCGAAUCGCCGGGUGCCUAGGUGACCAGUCUGCAGCUCUAGUCGGUCAGCAGGGCUUCACGCCGGGGUCCGCUAAGAAUACGUACGGCACAGGAUGUUUCCUGUUGUACAACGUUGGUGAACAGCCCGUCAUUUCCAAGCAUGGGCUACUAGCAACCGUUGCAUACGAUUUUGGACGUCAGCGUAAACCUGUGUACGCGCUAGAAGGUAGCGUAGCUGUCGCAGGCAGUGGUGUAAAGUUCUUGAUGAGUAAUUUGGGUUUCAUCACCCAUUCACAUAAGAUUAGUGACUUGGCAGCAAGUGUGGAAGAUAAUGGCGGAUGCGUCUUUGUCACGGCUUUCAGUGGUUUAUUCGCACCGUACUGGAUCGAUGAUGCGAAGGGAACGAUCUUUGGCAUCACACAACAUACUGAGCGUGGACACAUUGCCCGCGCCACACUGGAAGCGACUUGUUUCCAGACCAAAGCCAUCCUCGAUGCUAUGGAAAAGGACAGUGGCCAUAAGCUCACUGAACUUUCUGUGGAUGGUGGUAUGAGUAAUUCCAACCUAUGUAUGCAGACGCAGGCAAACAUCAUCGGCAUCCCGGUUGAUCGGCCGGCUAUGCGAGAAACCACCUCCCUCGGAGCUGCCAUUGCUGCAGGCUUUGCUGUAGACAUCUGGAAGGAGUUCUCGGAGCUGAAAGAGAUUAACCAGAAAGAUCGUAUGAUCUUCGAACCGAACAUCUCCAAAGAAGAUAGCGCGAAGAUGUUCAAGAAAUGGGGACGAGCAGUCGAGAUGUGUCGCGGUUGGCUGGACGCUGACGAGGCGAAAGAGGAAUACUGA